UCGGUGUUUGACCUGGCCAGACCUGGUACCGGGGCUCUGAGGCGCUUACUCGCCGGGUUUCCUGGGCGGUCUGGCGGCUGACACCCAGUCGCGGGGCCCUCAUUUGGGCUCGCCAUGCCCGUGGCGGCCGCCCCCAUCAUCAGCUCGGUCCAGAAGCUGGUGCUGUACGAGACCAGAGCUAGAUACUUCCUAGUUGGAAGCAAUCAUGCAGAGACGAAGUACCGAGUCUUGAAAAUUGAUAGAACAGAACCAAAAGAUUUGGUCAUAAUUGAUGACAGGCAUGUGUAUACUCAACAAGAAGUGAGGGAACUUCUUGGCCGUUUGGAUCUAGGGAAUAGAACAAAGAUGGGGCAGAAAGGAUCCUCCGGGUUAUUUCGAGCUGUUUCAGCUUUUGGUGUUGUAGGUUUUGUCAGGUUUUUAGAAGGCUAUUAUAUUGUGCUAAUAACUAAAAGGAGGAAGAUGGCAGAUAUUGGCGGUCAUGCAAUAUAUAAGAUUGAAGACACAAAUAUGAUCUAUAUACCCAAUGAUUCUGUACGGGUCACUCAUCCUGAUGAAGCCAGGUAUCUACGAAUCUUUCAAAAUGUGGACCUAUCUAGCAAUUUUUACUUUAGUUACAGCUACGAUUUGUCCCACUCACUUCAGUAUAAUCUCACUGUCUUGCGAAUGCCCCUGGAGAUGUUAAAAUCAGAAACGACCAAGACUCGCCAGGAGAGCUUUGACAUCUUUGAAGAUGAAGGAUUAAUUACCCAGGGUGGAAGCGGUGUAUUUGGGAUCUGUAGUGAGCCUUACAUGAAGUAUGUGUGGAAUGGUGAACUUCUGGAUAUAAUUAAAAAUACUGUGCAUCGUGAUUGGCUAUUGUAUAUUAUUCACGGGUUCUGUGGGCAGUCAAAGCUGUUGAUCUAUGGGCGACCAGUGUAUGUCACCCUUAUAGCUAGAAGAUCCAGUAAGUUUGCUGGGACCCGUUUUCUGAAGAGAGGUGCCAACUGUGAGGGUGAUGUCGCAAAUGAAGUGGAGACUGAACAGAUACUCUGUGACGCGUCCGUGAUGUCUUUUACCGCAGGAAGUUACUCUUCUUACAUACAAGUGAGAGGAUCAGUCCCCUUAUACUGGUCUCAGGACAUUUCAACUAUGAUGCCCAAACCACCUAUUACAUUGGACCAGGCAGAUCCAUUUGCACACGUGGCUGCCCUUCACUUCGACCAGAUGCUUCAGAGGUUUGGCUCCCCCAUUAUCAUCUUGAAUUUAGUGAAGGAGCGAGAGAAAAGAAAGCAUGAAAGAAUUCUGAGUGAAGAACUUGUGGCCGCUGUGACCUACCUCAAUCAGUUUCUGCCUCCUGAGCACACUAUUGUCUAUAUUCCUUGGGACAUGGCCAAGUACACCAAGAGGUGGAACGAACUAGGAGGAUGUGUGAUUCCCACUGGUCGCCUGCAGACUGGCAUCCUGCGGACCAACUGUGUGGACUGUUUGGAUCGCACCAACACAGCCCAGUUUAUGGUGGGCAAAUGUGCUCUGGCUUAUCAGCUGUAUUCCCUGGGAUUGAUUGACAAACCCAAUCUGCAGUUUGAUACUGAUGCAGUGAGGUUAUUUGAGGAACUCUAUGAAGAUCAUGGUGAUACCUUGUCCCUUCAGUAUGGUGGGUCUCAACUUGUUCAUCGUGUAAAAACCUAUAGAAAAAUAGCACCAUGGACCCAGCACUCAAAAGACAUCAUGCAAACCCUGUCCAGAUAUUACAGCAAUGCUUUUUCAGAUGCUGACAGACAAGAUUCCAUUAAUCUCUUCCUGGGAGUUUUCCAUCCCACUGAAGGGAAACCUCAUCUCUGGGAACUCCCAACAGAUUUUUAUUUGCAUCACAGAAAUACCAUGAGACUUUUACCAACAAGAAGAAGUUACACUCACUGGUGGACACCAGAGGUAAUAAAGCAUUUGCCAUUGCCUUAUGAUGAAGUGAUCUGUGCUGCAAACUUAAAGAAGCUGAUAGUGAAGAAAUUUCACAGAUAUGAAGAAGAGAUUGAUAUCCACAACGAGUUCUUUCGGCCGUAUGAAUUGAGUAGUUUUGAUGACACCUUUUGCUUGGCUAUGACAAGUUCAGCACGUGACUUUAUGCCUAAGACUGUUGGCAUUGAUCCAAGUCCAUUUACUGUGCGUAAACCGGAUGAAACUGGAAAAUCAGUAUUGGGAAACAAAAGCAAUAGAGAAGAAGCUAUACUACAGAGGAAAACAGCAGCCAGCGCCCCACCACCCCCCAGCGAGGAGGCUGUGUCCAGCAGCUCUGAGGAUGACUCUGGGACGGACCGGGAAGAGGAGGGCUCUGUGUCUCAGCGCUCCACUCCUGUGAAGAUGACUGACACAGGGGACAGUACCAAAGUGACUGAGAAUGUUGUCCAGCCUAUGAAAGAAGUAUAUGGAAUUAACCUCUCAGAUAGCCUCUCAGAAGAAGAUUUUGCCAUUUAUUCAAGGUUUGUUCAGCUGGGGCAGAGUCAGCAUAAACAAGACCGGAGCAGCCAGCAACUCUGUUCCAGGUGCUCGGAUGGAGUUAUAAAAUUAACCCCCAUCUCAGCUUUCUCGCAAGACAACAUUUAUGAAGUUCAGCCCCCGAGAGUGGACAGGAAAUCUACAGAGAUCUUCCAGGCCCACAUCCAGGCCAGUCAGGGUAGCAUGCAGCCCCUGGGAAAAGAAGACACCGCCAUGUACCGCGAGUACAUCAGGAACCGCUACCUGUGAGAGGGACGCGGCCCUGCCGGGACCAAGAAGUCAUGUUUCGUUAGGUUAGAAGAUGUUGUGUCUCAUCUUGAAAAGGUCAUUUCCCAAAAGUCCUUCCCAUCGGAAGCUUUUCCUUCUUCAUAACUCCCAAAUCCCAAGUGAUAGGGAAUAAAGGAGGGACUCAGUAUUGGGCUGUCAUUGCCUUUGCUUGAUUUUAGACCGGGCAUUCUCAAACUAGGGCCUGUGGACCAUAUGCAGCCCACCUAGGACAUUUAUCCGGCCUGCUGGGUGUUUUUGCCGCCGCUGCCUGUCCUGCUUAGCA